AUGUCCGGAUUGCAGACUCGGGCGGAUGACCCGAUAAAUGGAGUCGAUGUACGUGAGCAAGGAAGCGCUUUGAGAGUGGCGACCAACACUCCGCAUCUGGUGAGCCUCGGUACCGGUAGGCUUAGUACCGCGGUCACUUUACACCCCAUAAAACAAGGUCGCGUGACCAUCGGUUCCGACCCCACUUGCGACAUAUAUGUCGUCGGCACUGGUGUUGCCAGUGUUCAUUGUCGGGUGGAGAACUCGCACGGUGUGGUAACACUGUACCCGGUUAGUGGCAGUACGUUAUUGGAUGGAUUGUCAGUUGAUAAACCGACGAGACUGUCACAGGGGAGCAUGUUAACCAUAGGAAGAUCGAAUUAUCUCCGUUUCAACCACCCGGAGGAAGCCAAGCUGAUGAAGUCAGUCCUACCCUCAGGGCAUGUUUCUAUGGCGCCUAUACAGUUUCAGCCCAAUGAGCAGUGUAUUUCACCAGGAUACAUCAACCACACCGAAGCGAACCAAUGUUACCAGAACACCAAUCACAAAAUAUACAAAGAUAACUCGCUAAUGCAGCUCGACCAAGAACUAGACAUGACUCUAAAGGAAAUGUCCAGAAAGAAACCGCCCACCGUCCCCAGAAAACCUUACAGAGACGACACGUCUGAUUCGGAACAAGAGGCGAGACCAAAAAUAGGCAGCAUCAUGGCCAAAGUUUCCAAAUUCGAAUACUACGCGAAGCAACAGAAGAUUGGUCGGAGUCAAUUCUACACGAGCCACGAAAACGAAAUAUCACCGAAGGUAUUCAGUGCAAACUCGUUAACAGUUAACACACCGGCCAAGGAUGUCCUAGGAAACCGGAAUAUACCCAACUACAUGAAUAAGAUAAAGCAAGAACCAAAAAUGAUCGUGUUAAGCGAGAACAACAGUCUGGACCCAAAGAAUUGUUCUUACGCAAAUGUCGCUGUACGAAAGGCAAAGAUCGAUGACAUUGUCAGAAAUUUUGAUGAUACCAAAUUGAAAAAGGUGAAUAACGAUCAGCAAAGCCGACCGGACAACCAUAUUUAUGGCAAAAUAAAUGUGGACAGACGAGAUGUAGAUAAGGAGAUCCACAAUUCCUGUAAGAGUACCCAAGAAUUCAAAAGUCCACAGGAUCCGGUCAAGAACCAGGUCUACAACAAUCAUCAGGGCGCAUACAAAAGUUACCAAGAUUCAUUUAUUACUCAAGAUUCGUAUAAAAGUCCUCACAGUUCUCAUAGAUGUCAAGACCAGGAUAAGAGUCCAACAGAAACAUAUACAAAAAAUGUGACCACCUUAGAUGUAUCUGACUUACACCAGUCUAGAAGUGACUACGGUCGUUUGUGCGAUGUAAAACCUUCGAGUACGUUUGAUAGAAACCCGCAGUAUUCUCCUGUUUAUAGUAAUUAUGGAUAUGAGAGGAGUUUUGAAGCGGAGAGCAAGAGGAAGCAGGAGACGAGAGACCACGAAAACACGAUUGACGCGAAAAUAAUUAACCUCGAAAAACAAAUGAAAGAAUCGUACGACGACUUGAAAAGGGAAUUAGUUAAGAUGGCCGACAGUGUUGCCAGUAUCAGAAAUCAAAAUAUAUCCGCGCCGAUACAGAAUAGCAGCGUGAUAAUGGUUGGGAAUGAUCUCAAUUAUAAACAAAUUAAUGAGAUACAAGCUAAGAGCGAGAUUUACAAUACGGUUAUUAGGAAAAUUGAUAAGCUGUUUUAUGGUAUGGCGUACCAAGAGAGAUUAAAAGAAGAAGAACAAAAAGAGGCUGAAACAGCGCGUCUAGAAGAAAUUCUCAACAUGUGUGCCGAAUAUGAGAAACAAAUAACUUCAGGUAUACCAAUAACACCAACGGAAAAACGAUCUCACAACAAAAUCAUCACAAACGGAUCUUUACCUCGUAGUGUUGUUGUGAACAAUCCUAAUUUUGUGCAAACCAGCGACGGUUAUUAUAAGUUUGAUACUAGUCAUAACAGAAAUAAUGUAAUGAGUCAAUCCCUUCCGAUACAAAGAAACCUCUCCAGCUACGAGAAUUUUACGUCGCAGCCCGUUGAGCCUGCUACCCCUGAAAUAACAAUUCACGAAAAUAACUACGAGAACGUCGGCCGUAUGGACGAAAUAGGAAUUCCCGUGUUUGAUGAUGUACAAAGAAAUCUAUCUAGUCCCUUAUUAAUAAGAAAAAUGAAUCAAAAUGGCCCAGUACUUAACUCGCCAAUAGGAAGUCCAUACGAAAACGUUUACUUUAAAAAUAACUUGGGCUUUAAACCAAAAUCACCUAACACGCAAAGCCCGAGAACAAGAAUUAAAACUACAUUUGCUCAUAAAAACCUGCCGUCGCCACAGUAUUUUAUUUUUCCUACACCGCCUCCCAAGAAUUCUAACCCACUUGAAAAUCAAAUACAGAGUGAAGCCCUUAAUAUGCAAGUACAUUGUGAAAAUAUUCAAAACGAAGAAGUCCUAAAUAAAGAAAAUCAAAACGGAGAAAGAAAUUUUACUGGAAUCGAGAAACAACUAAGUUUAGAAGAAGAAAUACCUAUGAUUGACGACUCUGAUAUUACAAAUGAUAUUGAAUUUAGAUACUCCAAAAUUAUAAAAGACACAGAAGAAAAACCAUUAACGAAAAAUAAAAGUUUCGACGAUGUUAAAAAAGAACUAAUGGCUGAUAUUCCUGAAUUAGAACAAUUUGAGAAUGAAUUAAAAAAUAAUAGAGAAAAUGCUAUUAGAAAUAUUACUGAAGAAGUUAAGAAAAUGGAUUUAGAAGCCGAUUCCAUAGACAGUAUUUUAGAUGAUAAUGUGGAAGAACUGAAAUCUAAAUCUGAACAUUUAAAGGAGGAAAGGAAGAAGUUGGUUGCCGAAAUUCAUGAUAUUAAAUGUAAAAUGACAGAAAUUAGAUCUCAGGAAGACGACAUACUAAGAGAGUUGGAAAUGGAGAAGGCUUUAAUCAAAGGAGAAUAUGAUUCCGAAAUAGCAAUACUUAAUAUUGAGCAGAAGAAAAAGGCCAACUUAAAUGAACAAGUGAGACAAGUAGAGGAGGAAAUCAAACAAAUGAAAGACAGACAAGAAACGCGACAAAAUGAGAUGAGAGAUAGAGUGGAAAUCGCUACUCUUAAAGUUGAAAGGAUAGAAAAGGAUUUAAAAGAAAGUGCAGGCACCUUUGAAGAGUUACAGAAUGCUCAAGAUAUUUUAGAUAACGAAUCAAAGAUUUUCGAAGAUUUAGAAUUUCAACACUUAGAAGAGGAAUCAGAAUUGCUAUCCAACAAAGAAGACUUGCAAAAUGAAUUAAUACUUCUUAAUAAAAAGAUUGAAGCUCAGAAAACCAGAAUACUAACUCUGAAAUCAGAAGCUAACAACAAUCUAACAUCAGCACUCGAAGAAACAAAGAUACUACAAGCAGAAUACGUGAGAUUGCUAAAUCAAGUCGAGGAGCUCACUAUUCAAGUCCAAAGUAUUGAAAAGGAAUUGAAACCUAUAGUAGCUAAAUUAAAUUUCAUUGAAAGAACCCAGUCUCCCGACAGUGCCUUCUACACUGACCAAACAAGAGCGAAAUCUGGUGAAUUUGGCUACUCCCCCAGUUCCGAUAGUGACGACAAUGACGUCAGCAAAAUAUCAAACUUUGAAGACCACACAAAACAACUGACAGACAAAUUUAACUCUAUUGAUCAAAUGUCACAAUCAAUGAUAGUCGAUAUCGAGAGAAGAGUAACUGAUAUUGAUCCAAUAGAUAUGGAUAAAUACGAGAGUCCUUCUAAGUCUUCCACUUCUAAAGAGAAGAAAGGAUUUUGGGAGCGCAACUUCGAUUCUCUCAAACGAAAGAACAGUAAGAAAAAAGACAAGGUUGACAUUAUGUCACAGAGUUUGAACGAAAAUAUGUUUUAUAACGACAAUAUUGAAGGCGACACUCUUGACAAGUUCAACAGUUUACGACAUUCCAAAAAGAAUAAGAAAGAUAGUGGACCUGUAAAAAGCAAUUCGUCUUCUAAAAUACCGACUUUUGCGGCUUUGGGAAAGAUCAUAAAAAAAGAUUCAUUAAAGAGAAAAGAUUCUACCAAGAAAGAUAAUGACGAAAACGACGGUAAAAACCGCUAUGUCAAACAUCUCAAACCGCAAACAGACAACAAAUAUGUCAAAGCUAAAUCUCUUUCACCUGACAAGAACAAAGAAGAGUCUAUUAAAGAAGAAAACGAAGAUGAAAUUAGACAUAACACUCUGGAUUUCAGAAAGAUGGAAAAAGAAAAAAUUCUGCAUAGGAAGAGUUGCGGGGAUGAACCGAAUUUGAGGAGCGAUUUUCAAAAGAUUACCGAUUCGGGAAAAAUUCCUUCUCAAGACGAUAUUGAUAGAAUCUCUAAAGUUACAAUGGAUGCACCUAUAUUAUCCAGUGAUACGGAUAUGAAUUCUCUUGGUAAAAAGACACUGGAUAGUUUAAUGGAAAUUGAAAGGAAAAGGAUCGAAAUGUUGGAGGAACAAGGUUGUCAAGUAAUAGAAAACGAACGAGAAAAAAUCGAAGCACUAAAACGUAGAGCGCAAGACGAAACGAAAAAGCUCUGGCACGAGAGGAAUAGUGCUAAGACGCCCGACAGGGACCCCUUCCAAACGUCAAGCUGCCCGCCAAACGAAACUGACAGAUGUCAGCUGUCAAUUGAGUUUGACAGUUCGCGGGAUGAAAGCAAAUACUACGGGAGCGUUCAUGAAGACAUGUCUACAGAUGAUGCGCUAAAUGUUACUGGAUCAACUAUUUUUGAGGAAAGUUCCGGAUUCUUGUCGUCGUCAAUAGAAGAGCUUCAAGUACGAAACUCACGCACUGAAUCGACAGAAGAUGAGAAACAUAGCGAUGACAGUCGACCGCUCAGUCACGCUUCGGAUUUUAGCAGAGAUAACAUACUAUCCCUCACCAAUGCCCCACGUCGCAGCAGAAGAGGCACUACGAGCGAGUGGCAGAGACCUCUCACACGCUACCUUCCUGUGGACAGGGAUGACUUCGACCUGCGACGGCACGUCGAAUCGGCUGGUCAUCAAAUCGAGUUAUGCCCCUACGUGACGAUAAACUCGAGCUCCUGUCGAGGGUAUCUGCAUAAGCUGGGGGCGAAGUUCCACACGUGGUCCAAAAGGUGGUUCGUCUUCGACCGUGAGUCCAAAACGUUCGUCUACUUUUGGGACAAGACUGAGAAGAAACCGCGCGGGGGGCGCCUAUUUUCAGGUAAUAGAGGAAGUUUACCUCGACCACGGGAACACCUCGAAAUCGCCGAACCCACAAACUACGUUUAUCGUGAAAACCCGUCAGAGACGGUACUACCUCAUGGCACCUUCAGGAGAAGCCGCAAGAAUAUGGAUAGACGUCAUAUUCACCGGAGCCCAGGGGUACACGGAAUAUCUCGAAUGAUCGAUAUUUUAUCGACGUUAGCAGAAUAA